AAGUGUAUCAGUAACUUCCGGUGUCUCGAUACACGCUUUUCCUUCCGCGGUUUUGUGAAACGAAAUUCAUACGAGUAGCAAUCGGCUCGUAGAAAAUAAAUACAAAAUGAGCAAAGCGCAUCCACCCGAGCUGAAGAAAUUCAUGGACAAGAAGCUUUCAUUGAAGUUGAAUGGAGGUCGACAUGUCCAGGGUAUCCUGCGAGGCUUUGAUCCCUUCAUGAACCUGGUGGUGGACGACUGUCUGGAAAUGGGCCCAGGAGGUCAACAGAACACCAUUGGGAUGGUGGUCAUCAGGGGAAACAGCAUCAUCAUGUUGGAGGCCUUGGAGAGAGUAUGAGAGGAUCCUAGUGGCUGCAAAUGCAGAAGAGUGUGACCCACAUUCUGUUAUUUGUAACAUUAGUUCUUUGACAAAGGCAAAGCUUUUUCUCCUUUUUAUUUGUUUUGAACAUUUUGUUUUGUGUACUUUUGUGAAUAAACGUUUUUCAUUA